AUGAUUGCAUCUUCUAUAUCAACGAGAAAUACAAUAUUACAUACCAUACGUGAUAGCAAAAUUUUUAGUGAAGGAUGGAAGGGAGCUGGAAUAGCAUUAACUUUACCUUAUUUCUAUCUAGAUGGUUAUGACUACGUUUGGAAUAUAGAUGCUGAUGAUAUAGUACUAGAAGGACCAGCAGAAUAUUAUUUAGCAAAUGUUGAAUUUCUAUUGAAAAUGUUAAAAUUUCCAAUAUUGAGCUCAGAUCUUUAUUUAAGUGGUUCAAUCCAACAUUGGAGCUUUGGUGUAGCAUUUGCUAAUCGAUUGGUCUUUAAAGCUAUGAUUGAGUCUUUAAUAAAUGUAUCUGUUUCUGUUCCAUCUUGGGGAGUUAACAUUGAUCAUAUGGUCGAUCAAUAUUUUAAGCGACAAAAUACGUCAUUGGAUUAUAUUGCAUUUAUCACUCCUAAUAAAUUUAUUCAUAAUGAUAGAGGUUCCUUUUAUGAUACAAACAAAUCUAUGAUUGUUUAUUUUUACGACUAUGAUAAAUUUCAGUAUUUUCGUAAGUAUCCAAAGACAAUAUUAAUUACAUAGAUUUAUGAUUAAUCUCUAUGAAAACUAUGAAAAUUAUUGUCUAGAAGUGUUCUAUGUAGUUUUUGUUUCACUGUCUUUUUUUUUCUAUACGACUAUGUUGUAAUAUGUUCUCGUUCUCAGAUUUUGUUUUCUCACAUCGACACUUACACUUUGAUCAUUUUCUAUUGAAAUAUAUACGUUUGGAAUUACAUGUGAUUGUGAAUGUUCGUUGUAUUUUUAAGAAUUUAAUGAUCACUUAUUUCAAUGUGUGUUGGAGUGAAAAUGACAUGUAGUGAAUGGUGACAGUCAUUUAUAUAGGAUGGCAGCCGUCAGUAUAUGAAAAAUGAGACUAUAAUGGAUGGUGUGAUUAUGAGUACUGUUUCUGAGUGCUUUAAAGUGCACAUUAUUUUCUAAUAUGAUAUGUGUCCUAUAUUUUGUUAACUAGUUUGAUAGUAAAUACGGCUGAUUAGAUCCCUACUUGUACAAAUGAUCUGCAGAUAUUGAUAGCUAUUUCUAAGAAACUUUGAAAGUAUUUUGAAGAUAUCUCAAAGGUAUUUCAAAGGUGUUUUUCUUAACAAUAUUUUAGUUUUGCUUGUAUCGGUUUUCGUAGACGCACUAUAACAUGUAAUAUUGAACACUAGAAAUCCGUAUGGUUUAUCUGAAUGAAGUAUCACAACGUAAAUGUUACUAAUUAACUAUGAAAGGUAAUUUUGCAUAAAACUAAUAUCUGUAAGGUGCAUCCAAUGCAAAAUUUAAGCAAAAUUUUAUUUUUGUUUUGAAAUACAUCAUUGGAUAGAGCAAGUGACGGCGAUCACGAAUAUCUGGUUUAAAAUUUUUCUAGAUGUUCUCUUGGGUUCAAAAAGCCAGAAAAACUUUCGGCUUCUGAUAAAACCAUUUUUUUCAGUGGUUUUGGGGUGUGGGUGGUGUGGGUG